CUCAGUCCACUGCUGGCUUCAGCAGAGUGCGCAGCCUCGGGAAGUCAACAGGAGGAUACGCGGACAGCAACACUUGAAGUAUAAACAACGAGGAACUGCCUCCUGUAGCUGAGGUCUGCAACCGGCAGGAUUUUACUCGAUCCAGUGACUCUGUCGGUAAUCCGCGAAACCUGCGCGGUGCGUCGGAGCUGCGUCCCGGAGGGCUUGGAUUCACCUGGACUGGCUGAGCCGCAGAGCUGAUGGAGAGAGGCAGGGCUGAGCACAGAGCUUCAUCCACACUCUGCUGACUGGGAGCGGUCCUCUCACACGACCUGCUUUUUUUUUUGAAGAGAUUCGAGUUUUUUUUUUUUCUGUAAACACAACAACCCGUUGGAGAAAAGAAACCAUUUGUUUUUUUUAAGGGAAUCGGGAUGUAACCGGUGUCCACAUGCGUCUGGAAGUGGCGUGAGGUUACCUCCAGCUUGAGAAGAGCAAACUGCAGGGGCGUGUGGUUAAUUGAAAUCGACCCGGUGGUCUCCUUUUUUGAAUGUGAAGAAGCAGCAGCAGAGGUCUCUUUCUCCUCUCCUCUCCUCCUCCCCCUUUCCUCUCACCUACAACAUGACUUCACUGUCGGGGACUAAGGAGAGGUCUGUGAGCAGCAGGAGCAGAAAAUAUGGGAUGCCCGACACCUCCCCGACCAAAUCUGCCUCCUUUUUCCCGGAUACAUGGUACCGAAAGGCCUACGAGGAAACCACCCGCUCCAGCACUCGUCCCGCCCCAGAGGGUGCUGGCUCCAUGCCCAGCUCCACAGGCACCCCGUCCCCAGGAUCGGGGAUCUCCUCACCAGGUUCCUUCUCUGGAUCACCAGGGACCAUCUCCCCAGGCAUUGGGACAGGAUCACCGGGCUCCCUAGGUGGCUCCCCGGGGUUUGGGACAGGCUCGCCAGCUUCAGGCAGUGGAAGCUCCCCUGGUAGUGAAAGAGGGAUAUGGUGCGAGAACUGCAACGCUCGGCUAACGGAGCUGAAGCGACAAGCACUAAAACUGCUCAUCCCUGGACCUUAUUCCAGCAAGGACCCGUCAUUCUCACUCCUCGUCCAUGAUAAGCUUCAGGUGCCCAACAGCUCUCGGCGAGCGUGGAACGAGCGUGACAGUCGGUGUGAUGUCUGCACCACUCACCUCACUCAGCUCAAACAGGAGGCUGUGCGAAUGGUCCUGACUCUCGACCAGUGGGAUUUGUCUCCCACCUCUUCCCCUCCACCCCUGACUGGACGAUACGGAUCUCAAGGACCUCCGGGACCAAUGGGAGCAUCCGGAGCACCAGGAGGUCCUGUGUCACGGGAAUGGCCUCCUCCUUUUCUUCCUUCCUUGUCGUCCUCAGCUGCUGCUGCUCCUCAUUUGUCCUCUCAGUCCCCUUCUCCAAGCCCCAGUCAGACCCCAACACCAAGCCCAAGCCAUGGACCAUCCAACCCCAGCCAUGGGAGUCCUUCAGCGGGGCAAACAUCCAGCUGUGCUCCAACAAACCCACAACCUCAAGGUGCAGGUCAUCGACUGGGGUCCAAGCCCAGCUCUCUGGGUCUUGGAGGUGGGGUGGACAGAAGGAAUGGGUCCUCCAGUUCAGGAAAAACAGCAGGUGCCCCACAACAACAACCAGUGACUGCAGCAAACAACAACCCCGGCAAUAAUGGCGGGAGUAGCAGCAGUAAUGGCAGUGGAACUGUACUGAGUACAGCGGCUCUGCAGGCACACCAGCACCUGAACCGAACCAACGGAGGAGUUACACUAUAUCCUUAUCAGAUCUCCCAGAUGAUCUCAGAGGCUUCUAGAGAAGGACUGACUGAAGCUGCUUUGAACCGCUACAACACAAACUCUCCUUCCCACACAAAUCCAUUGUCACACGCAAACUCUCCGUCUCACACUCCAGCUGUAACCACCACAGCGCCAACCACCACCUCCGCCGCUGCAUCUUUCUUUGCCAGAGCUGCACAAAAGUUGAACUUAGCAUCCAAGAAGAAGAAGCAGAAGACGGUGGCAGUCACAGCCCCGGUGGCGUCAUCGUCACCAUCAUGUGAUCCACAUUUGUUCCCCACCAACUUCAGCUCCGCCCUAUUGAUGGCCCCUCCUCCGGCUCCACCCUGCCUCCUCCGUGCAGCCAACAAGAUCAAAGAUACACCUGGGCUUGGAAAGGUGAAAGUGAUGGUGCGUGUCUGCCCAGUGUCUCAGUCUGACGCAGCAGAGUCCAGCUCCUUCCUGAAAGUGGAUCCCAGGAAGAAACAAAUCACCAUCAUGGACCCUUCAGCAAAUCAGACUCCAAGUGCUGCUUCUCAGAAGAGAGUAGGAGCCAAUCAGGUCCCUCCAAAGAUGUUCACCUUUGAUGCCGCAUUCCCUCCUGAUGCAUCACAAGCGGAGGUGUGCGCAGGAACGGUUGCUGAGGUUAUUCAGUCGGUGGUGAACGGAGCAGAUGGAUGUGUCUUCUGCUUUGGACACUCCAAGCUGGGUAAAUCCUACACAAUGAUUGGCCGGGACGACUCUCUCCAGACUCUGGGUAUAAUCCCCUGCGCUAUCUCCUGGCUAUUUAAGCUCAUCAAUGAGAGGAAAGAGAAAACAGGAGCACGUUUCUCUGUUCGCGUCUCCGCUGUCGAGGUUUGGGGAAAAGAGGAGAACCUGAAGGAUCUGCUGUCUGAAGUGGCUACAGGGAGUUUACAAGAUGGACAGUCACCUGGAGUCUACCUGUGUGAGGACCCUAUCUGUGGCAUGCAGCUCCAGAACCAGUCGGAACUUCGUGCCCCGACACCAGAAAAGGCAGCCUGGUUCCUGGAUGCAGCCAUAGCAGCUCGCCACAGCAGCCAACGCCCCAACACCACAGAGGAAGAACACAGGAAUUCACAUAUGCUGUUUACAUUACACAUAUACCAGUAUCGUAUGGAAAAGACAGGAAAAGGAGGGAUGUCAGGAGGUCGCAGUCGCCUCCAUCUGCUGGACCUGGGCAGCUGUGAUGUUAAAGUACUCGGAGGUGGAGGUGGUGGGAAAAGCAAGGAGAACUCCUCACCCAGCUCGGCCCCUCUGUGUCUUUCUCUGUCCGCCCUCGGCAACGUGAUCUUGGCCCUGGUCAACGGGAGCAAACACAUCCCAUACAAGGACAGCAAGCUGACCAUGUUGCUAAGGGAGUCGCUAGGCAACAUGAACUGCCGGACCACCAUGAUUGCUCACAUCUCUGCCUCACCCAGAGAUUUCUCAGAAACCCUCUCCACCAUCCAGAUUGCUUCCCGGGUCCUCCGCAUGAAAAAGAAGAAAACUAAAGUGACUGUGCAAUACACCUCCAGCUCCUCUGGGGGAGAAAGUUCUUGUGAGGAGGGUCGCAUGCGUCGGCCGACCCACCUCAGGCCUUUCCAUCACCGUGGUGACACCGACUCCGACCUCCCGUUGCUGCGACUGUCCAGUGACCCUGACGAAUACUCCAGCAGCGAGCAGUCAUGUGACACCGUGAUCUAUGUGGGCCCAAAUGGAGCUGCGGUGUCAGAUAGAGAGCUGACGGACAAUGAGGGACCACCAGAAUUCGUACCGAUUAUUCCUGCUUUGCUUCGAGGAAAAACGUCGGAGCAGCAUCAAGCCCAAAGUCAAAGUCAGGCAGCUGGAACACAGCACAAGGUGCAGUCUCAGCCAGACGAACAGCCCAGUGGCCCCUCUCAGCCUCAGUCCUCUCAGUCUCUACUCGGUCAGCCGUUGGCUCCCGUCCCAGAGGAAGGAGCUGAGUGCCUGAAGUGCAACACCUUUGCUGAGCUGCAGGAGAGACUGGACUGCAUUGAUGGCAGUGAGGAGGUGGCAAAGUUUCCCUUCGAGGAGGUUCCAGCUAACAAACAAGGGACCAAACAAGAGUCAUGUCUAUCUUCAUCUGCUCCUGCCUCUGCUUCUGGUUCUACAGCUGUGUUGGAUACAGAAGCCAAAACAGGCUCUGCUUGUGCUGUAGGAGGAGCAGUGCAGGUCUUCUCCUCUCCAGCAGCAGCAUCCAGGAGGAGGACCAAUGACCAGCAGCUGCAGGACAUCAAGGAGGUGGUGGAGGAGGCUGAGUUGGCCCAGACGAUGAUCCACAGCCUUGCUCAGAGUUCUGGAUGCCCCAUAGUUACUAGUACCAGGAGUGUUACAGGCAGCAGCAGCAUCACCUCGAACCCCCUGCACAGAACCAAAAGCUCCCAUUUACAUGACAGCCAUGAGAGUCUGAAUGUGGUGGGCAGUAAUACUGACGGGAAGGCACGUCCUCUAGGAUCACCACGCCUCGGCAUUGCUAGUCUGACCAAAACCUCAGAGUACAGACCUCCAUCCUCCCCAUCCCAGCGGUGUAAAGUGUACACGCAGAAAGGUGUGAUGCCUGCAACACCUCCUCUGUCCUCACACACUCUGGCUCAGGACGGCCAGGCCACAGAUGCUCUGACAUCAGACAACAGUUUGGCUGCAGACAGUGGCCGUUCCUCCACAGAGUCUCUGCUGUCCAGGACUUCUCCUGCAGGCAUGAGCCCACAAGUCCGAGAGCCAACUCCAUCUCUGUCUGCCAGCCUGGGCUCAGCAGAGACGCUCUGUGACGACGACGUACCACCGAUACCUUUGGAUACGCACAAAGAUGCCUCAGGACCAGCACUGUCUGUAGGAACAGCUGGACCUCUCAUGCUUGGGGAGGAUGAGCUGGUGUACAGUGUGGCUGCUGGAGGCGAGGAGCACCUUGAUGUUGCUGAGAUGCAGGGUUUGGCAUGUCGUCCAACAAGCAUCAUCAGCUUCAACAGCGACUGUGGCUCUGCAAUUGCCCUCGUUUCAUCUCAGCCCGUCAGCGUUAUCAGUGGUGCUGCCUCAGACGGAGCCGUGCAGGAUUAUCAAAUUCCUGCAACCACCUCAGGAGUUACAGAGGUUGUUGCCAUGGCAGAGGUGGCAAUGGCCAAGCUGCGGAUAGAAGGUGAAGCCUUAGCAACAGGGAUUUCCAACUGUGGUUCACCCAUCUCCUCCUGGAUGAGUGAUCUGAGCAUGGGCAGUGAAGCCGAUCAGUCUCUCCACAGCUUCAGCCAGUCACAGAGUCAGCAAGGGGAGGCACUGGCUGAUCCUGAACCCAACCAGAGCUUUGGAGUCGAGGGUUACGAGAGCAGUGGCGGCCCAAGAAGAGGGAGUCUGGAAGGAGAGCUGGUGCUGUCAGAGAACCUGAGUGAUAAAGGUACUCCAACCAAAGACAGGCUGAGAAAGCUGCCUCCCUCUAUGGCUAAAACUAACAUCCAAAUUCUGGCUGGACCUGGUAACAUCUCUCCUUUCAAGAGCACCAUGAAUGUUCACCCCUGUGUCAAACCAGUGGUCAUACAGGAACCCACCAUCCUCUCCUCACCUACGAGGACCAGCUUAAUGAAAGACUCAGUCAAAUCCAACGCAGCACAUUUAGCUUCUAUUUCUAGCGAGAUGAGUUUCGAAGACCCCUGGUUGAAACGUGGCACUGAGGAGGGAAGGUGCAGGGAGCUUGUGUGUGAAGUGAAGCCAGAGAAGAGGGAGGUCGAGCAGUCAAAGAGCCACGCAGGAGAGAAGGCUGGGAGUGGAGAAUAUCGGAGCUCCUGCAGGGAAGGUGGGGAUCAUGGCAGCUCUAGUUCAGGUGGAGAGGUGGUGUCAUCUCCAGACUCCUUUAAGAGAGUGGUGGAUGGCUGUGAGAUGGUUGCUGUUGUCGUCCAAGGUGAAUGCCUGACCAGCAUCUACAGCCCAGAUAUCCACCGCACAGCGAGUCUGCCCCGCGGGUGGCACCGUCUCAACCGACACGAUGGUUUGGACAAUGGAAUUGAGUACCGUAAUCUUGGCGUCACCACUUCAACUCCUUGCAGCCCCCGCGCCACUCUUGACCGCUGGGGAUCAAAUGGAAAACAGGCUUUUUUCUCCCACAAGAAGGGGGGAAUCCCACCUCUGCCACCGGUACGAAAGUCCAGCCUUGAGCAGCGAAACAGGGCAGCCAGUCCUCUCCACCAGCCCAGCCAUGGAGUCUCAUCGCUGGGCAGCUCAGCAGAUGAUGCAGCGGUGUCAGCAUGUGGCUCUGCAGGAGCCAUUCGGCAGCGAGGCUCCAGCAUCGACAGCAGUAGACUUUUCAGCGCCAAGUUGGAACAACUCGCAAACAGAACCAACUCUCUGGGCCGAGUCCACAGCUCGCACAGUGGUUCCCAUCACUAUGACUGCUUCUCCCUGGAGAGAGGCGAGAGCCUUAGAGGAGGAGGAGGAGUGAGGGGGGACAGCACCAUGCCUCGCACUGGACGCAGCCUCACCCGUGCCGGAUCAGUAUCUUCUCCCACUGGUAACAAUGGCAGCCCUGGUUUUAGUGGCAGUCCUGGUCCGAGCAGUGCUCCACAGUCACCAGCCAAGACCAGCAGCCAGUCAAAGAUCUCAGCGGUCAGUAAGCUACUGAUGACCAGCAGUCCUAAAGCCAGGAGUCUGUCUGCCUCCAGCACCAAGACGCUGAGCUUCUCCACCAAAUCUUUAAGUCAAACUACCAGCCGCAGCUCCAGCCUUCCUCCUAAUGGAAAGCCCCAGAAUUCAGUCCAGGGUCCUCUACAGCAGCAGCAGCAGCAGCAGGGACCAUCCCCUGGAUCCUGGUCUACACAGUCUCUGAGCCGCAGUCGAGGGGGAAGCCUGACUGCCAAGCUGCCUCUCCGGGCGGUGAACGGUCGAAUCUCAGAGCUCCUCCAGGGAAGUGCAGGCUCCCGUUCCAGGAGUCACUCCCAGGGAGGAGGCACAGAUUCAGCAGACGAACGAGGAGUUGGAGGGGCAAGUGGAGGCGGAGCUGGAGCAGGAAGUGGUGGAGGUGACAGCCUGGGAGAGGAGAGGGCAGCAGUGGUACAAACUCUGCCUUCUCCCUACAGCAAGAUCACAGCUCCCAGGAAACCACACCGCUGCAGCAGCGGCCACGCGAGUGACAACAGCAGCGUACUGAGUGGUGAGCUCCCCCCGGCCAUGGGGAAGACGGCCUUGUUUUACCACAGUGGAGGCAGCAGUGGCUACGAGAGCAUGCUGAGAGACAGCAGCGAAAACACAGGAAGCACCUCCUCUGCUCAGGACUCCCUCAGUGAGCACAGCUCAGCCACCACCUCCUCCCGACGGAGCUCCAAGAGCAGCAAGAAGAGUCGGAGCAAUACAGGUCUCCAGCGUCGUCGUCUGAUCCCAGCACUGACCUUGGACUCUUCUUCUUCAUCACCUUCUCACCGCUCCUCCAAACAGGCCGUUACUUCCUCUUCCUCCUCCUCCUCCAGCCCAGGUGCAUGCUGGGUAGAUGGUCCACUGGGGCCUCCCGCACCCUCAAACCUACGAGGUGCAACUGCGACAACGGAAACCUUUGAGAUCAAGGUGUAUGAGAUAGAUGAUGUGGAGCGACUGCAGAAGAGGAGGGACAAAGGAGGGAGUAAGGAGGUGGUGUAUGUCAGUGCCAGACUUCGUCUGCUGGAGCACCGCCAGCAGCGAAUCAGUGAAGUCCGAGCCAAGUACCAGUGUCUGAAGAAAGAACUGGAACAAACCAAACAGUACUUGAUGCUGGAGCCGCACAAGUGGACCACUGAGUUUGAGCUACAGCAGGUCUAUGAAGUGGACUCCCUGGAGUAUUUGGAAGCUCUGGAAACUGUCACGGACAAACUGGAGACAAGAGUCAACUUCUGCAAAGCUCAUCUCAUGAUGAUUACCUGCUUCGAUGUGUCUUCACGGCAUCGGUAGACAGAAGGAGGGACACAGAGUCAGACAUACAGCUGGACUCAGUUAGUGUUGAUGUUUGGACCUUUUGCCCCUUAAUUAAUCAAACAUAUUUAGAAAAUAUCUAUUUGACAAAUAAAUCUCAUUGGAUGGAAGAGGGACACAGGGAUGGACUGAAUACUUGACCCUGCAUGUCGCCUCCUCCAGAUGUAGGUCAGCAGAAGGACAGAUGAAUCUAACGGAGAUAAAGAUAACCAACAGACCAACAGACAGAAGAGAUCAUAGAUUUUUUUCUGUUGGGGCUGAAAACCACCUCAGAAACAGACAUUAAACAGCAUCUAGUGGACACUUUGAAUCAGACAAACAUGGCUGCCAAAACAGACUGUUGUGAGUCUGAAAGGAAAAAUCAAACCAAGUGAUCAGCGAACAAAUAUAACUGGACUGCAGAGAUGCCUCUCAGACUGGACAUUUAAGAAUGUAAGGAGAAGAAAAGGGAGAAAGACAAACAAAAACUGCCAUUUUCUAAACAGAAGGACAAAGAAGAGCUGCAAGAGAAGAUCUCUCAUCGUUUUGGAAGAGCACUUUUUAGAGUUUACAUAGUUGAGUCGUGGCUGUAAAUACGGAGUGCUGAUGACAGAGUGGCCUGGUGUUAUUGUGCAGAAAGACAAGAGGACAAAGAAAAUGAUUUGGAUAAGUGCCUUGUGAACAUUUCCACAUACCAAGACCAAUUAUUUCUCUCUGAAUUCGUGUACAUGCAGUAAGUAUGGUGCUAGCAUAGAAAAAAAAAGCCCACAAAAGAUCAGUGUCUUUGAAAAAUCUUUUUAAUUUAUGGUCAUUUCUAAAUGUGAUGUUUUACUGUGGGUCAGUGUUUGACUAUAUGAUAAACUAAUAAUGUAUGUUUCAAUGUAUGGUCUUUGGUGCAUCGAUGAGAAACUAAAAUAAUUUGAAGGAGACCUGCGGAACGUAACACCAAGUCCUCUUUGAAACCAUAAAACUGUUGCAAGGACCAAAAAUCUAAACUGAAAAACAUACACAUCUUUUUCCAAGAGUUGUGUGUUUAAGCUGAAAAAAAAAAAAGAUUCUUGUGUUUUUUUGUUUUUUUUUUAAUCUUGACUUUACUCACAAACAUCUGAAUUUUGACCCUCUGUGGCAUUCAUACACUCUAUCUCCCCUGAUACAGAUACGAUGGCUUUUUCAUGUUGACAAAGCAAUGAAAUGUCUGAGUCACACACGAGUGGAAAUGAAAAUGUUUUCUCUGAUCCAGUGUUAAGUACAUCCAUCGACUGACUGACAGGCCGACUGUCUGUUCUUUGUAUCUGUGUUGUUCUGCUCUAUUCUAAAAGAAACCGAAUGAUUCGUCAAUGUGUGUGUUUUAUAAUAAGGUAUCCUUUUUUAUUUGAGUGCAAUGGGACCAUGUAGAGACUAUUUAUAACAGUAGGAUAAUGAAAAAAAGAGUAUAAAGAGAUAUUUAAAAAUAAAUGAGGACGGCACAGGUGCAGGGUACACCCAUUGAUAGAAAGUAUUUAAAUUUCAGAUUAUUGGAACAAAGUGGUGAAUUUAGUCUGAAAAUACAUUGAGACUACAAUUAUGGGUUGAUUAAGUAGUCCCAGUAUUAUGUCCCAACAUUGUAAAGGAACAAAUACAAAAAUAUCUAAAGAAAUGAAAGAGAAUUCCUGAAAGAAAAGGUGACAGCCGGUUUAAAAGGCACAGAUCUCUGCCUGGUUCCAUUUUUUUGGGAUGGAUAGCAACACUUAAAAUUUGUUAAUAUUAUUAUCUAUGGUGCUUGAGAUGUUUAUGAUCUAAAUGUUUGUACAAAUAUAAAUAUAUGGAAGAGCCUGUUUCCCUCUGAAAUACAGAACAAAACGCUUCAAAUGCUUCUUCUACAUCGCUGCCAUCAUGUCUGUUGUUCUCCGUAUCACCACCCUCUCUUCUGAGUGGCUUUGCAAGCAGAGAGCAUUCUGGGAGAUGCUGUUAAUCCUCCCUGAGGUGACAGGAGGAACAGACACUGACUUCAGAGGAGUGGAAAUGCUGUAAUGACAUCGGUAUGAUUUGUCAAUAGCAUUGUGGUGCUAAAUUUAUCUCUCUGCUAAAGAGCACAAACACUGUUUUGUUCCUUUGGACGGACGCAGAAGCAGAAAAUAUGCAGUUAACUGUGUGAGGUUUGAUCUUUGCAUGGCUGUGUAGAGAAGUAACAGCUUUUCAUUUCACGUGGCGUCCACCUGCAGGGACAGACAGGAGAUGAUCCAGAGGGAAAUUACCCCAAAUCCUUUUGACAAACUGGCCCUACAAAGUGUUUCCACCGGAGGCAGCUCCGAUCAUUUUCCUGUUUUUAUCUCCCAGUUCACCGUGCAAGUCAUGAAUGAAAGUUUAUUUAUUUGAGCUCUAGAGGGCAAAGUCGCUAAUUAAUGUUCUUAUUUAUUUACACCUUAUGAUCUUAAAAAGUUACUAUGCAUUUCAGAAACAGAAAAAUAACUGUAUAUACUUUGCUGAGCCCAUGUCAUAUAUAAAUAUAUAUACUGUGCACAUAUCAUAUAUGCGCUCAUUUUUAUUUUGUAUAUUUUUUUGGGUUGAUUUCAUUUGCUCCUGUUGUUCCUCUUGGGGAUUUUAAUGGGUUUCCUAAAACAUUCAUCAGUCGUGUGGCUCCAGAACAACAGUGGAUUCAAUACAAACCAGAAAUUCACAGUGAUGGUUAAUGUUUUUUUUAUACAUGUGAAGAAAAAAAACAUGUAGUGUGAAGACAGCUGUGUUGCUUUAAUUGAAACGCCCGUGUCUUCUAGAGUAUUACAGCCUUGUGUAAUCAGCAGUGGAUGUUUUGGGAAGCCCAGCCUCUGGACGAGCUCAUGGCCUGUAUUGUCCUGUCCAGUUAGAAGAUGCUAUGUGGGAGGUUUCCUUCCUGAUGUGUCACUGCCAAAUCUGUCAUGGUAGCGCUUUAUAAUUCAAGCAAUAAUUGAAAAUCUCAUGGAGUUUUGGUGUCUGCAUAUUAUUUAUAGGAAACAUACGGUAUUAGUCCUUAUAAACUAUGCAGAGCGCUUUAAAUCUGAUAUUUCAACAAAUAGAAGAUGUAAUGUCAGGUUUUAGGGCAAACAGCAAAUUAAAACAUUGACUAAGGAAUAAAUUGACAUGUGCUGUUAAAGGAGCAUUCAAGAAUUAUAAUGUGUUAUCUGGAAAUCUGGCGCAUAGCAUCUUUAAGUUCUUAAGGAGUACUGUGUGUUAAAGUCUGAGUCAGACCACAUUUACCAAAAACAGAUGUUCUCAUUAGUAUUAAGACUCAACUUUAGUUCCUCUGAAGACAGAGAUUGGAAAAUCUCCAGAUAACUGAUUAAAACCAGUUUUCUGUUUUAAAAAAAAAUUCUUCUGAGACAUACCCUUCAUAGGUAUCCUUGGUAAAUCUGAGGAAACAGCUACACAUCAUCAGUGUAAAUGAAGGGAUGUGGCUGUGUAUGAGUUGUUUCCAUGAUUCAAGAUUACACAGUCCUCUGCAGAUGUACUGUUUUUGAGAGAUGUGGUCUGACACAUUGUGUUGAUGGAGGAGUAAGAUGGAGGGAUGUAAAUAAAGGAAUGUAUUGAAAGAG